UGGGAUUACAGAGACGUUCUACUUUAUGCAUGUCGUGUGAAUUGUGAGGGGAAAAACAUACUGGAAACUUUUGAAGACAACACACGUUCCUCCAGGACAAAAUGGAAUCUUGUAAAGGACCUUGUCCUCAUCAGAGUGCUCCUGUUGAGAUGGAUGAGAGCAUGACAACCUCCAGCCUCAACUUGGCCUGGCCGCCCCCUUGCAAACAAUGUGAUGAACCUACAGAGACCAGCGAAACACUGCAUGAACAUGGCUUCAAACAAGAUAGAAGGGUAGCACACAAUGUCAGGCAGUCCAGACUCCCUGAAAGCCAGUACUACCAGAGAGCAGCCGGUCAUACUGCACCCCAACCUCGCAUGAUCGUCCCUAUAGGCUCAAGACAGAUGCACCUAUUCCAGUUUCCAGGUCUCAUAGAGCCGUUGCAGCUGUAUGAACGGGACCUCAUGGUCAACCACAGUAGAGGUGUUGCAGUUCCUUCAAUCUAUCCCCAGGAUUGCUCUGCGGAGGUAGAAAGCUUGGACCACCCUCUAACGCUCAUGUCUGACGGCCCCCAUACAACGCAGGGGAGACAGUGUGCGUGCUGCCCUCCAGCAAAUCUGCCCCCUCUUGAUAAUAAUCGUCAUUUUAAACAUGAUUACCCUGCAGAUCCUCAACACCGCCAGCACUUAUGGAAUCCACCCCAUGAUAGGUUGCAAGAGAGAAAUGCUCCAAAUGCCAGCCAUGGAUCAGUCCCUCAGUAUGGGGCCGCUCCUAGAGAUGUUAUGCAUGAGCGCAUGAUGCAACCUUCCUUCCAGGCUCGUCCUGGACCAGUAACGAGGGAGAUCAAGAGGACCAUCAGUCUACCUGCGGAGUGUAGAAACAUUUUCAUCACAUAUUCGGAGGACACAGCUGGCGAAAUUAUCGCUUUUUCCAAAUUCCUGACUGAUCAGGGAUUCGAUCUAGCAAUCGACAUCUUUGACAAUCCAAUCCGAAGACUGGCCGUCACCAAAUGGAUGGACAGAUAUUUGAAUGAUAAAUCAGUGCUCAUCAUCGUGGUCAUCAGCCCCAAGUACAAGGAGGACGUGGAGGGAGACGGAGACGACGAGCACGGCCUGCACACCAAGUACAUUCACAAUCAGAUCCAAAAUGAGUUCAUCCAACAAGGCUGCCUGAACUUCAGACUGGUACCUGUGUUGUUUCCUAAUGCGACAAAGAGACAUGUCCCCAACUGGCUCCAGAACACCAGGAUCUACCGUUGGCCCCAGGACACCCAGGACCUGCUGCUGCGCCUGUUCAGGGAGGAGCGCUACAUUAUCCCACAGCGAGGGGGUGACCUUACCCUCACUGUACGUCCCCUCUGAGGAAAACCAAAAAAAGACAGACACUGAAACUGAUCAGUUGAAAGAAAAGUUUGUUUUGUCCAAACCUCAGCAUGCUGUAGGUGUGACUUGUGCCUUGAUGAGGACUGUUGUUACUGCGGCAGAUGGGCUGUUAGGUGUUUUCCGAUACAGAUUGGCUGUUUGUUCUGUUGAGUUAUAAUUCAUUUUAACCACAUACUCUGAAUACUACUGGUAUUUUUCCAUGAUGAUAACGUUUGGUGUUUCAUUUUAUGAGGCUGAAUGGAUUGUUUGAAUGUAUCCUGAUAGCGCUCGUGGGCUAGCUGUUUUACUUUGGCAGUAUGGGGCGUGACCAAUCAGACGCCUGCUGCUGUUCUGUGGGUUGGACUGAGAGUGAGUUUGUUUGUUUUUUGCUAUGUGAACAUAUUAGCUAACAGUUCUGUA